AUGAAAUUCUCCACCGCCCUUCUGCCUCUACUGGCAGCUCCUUUUGUCGCUAGCGAACACACAUCUAACUGGGCCGUCCUCGUCUCGACAUCACGCUUCUGGUUCAAUUAUCGACAUCUCGCCAAUGUCCUCUCCUUAUAUCGUACCGUCAAGCGUCUCGGGAUUCCCGAUUCGCAAAUCAUCCUUAUGCUGCCAGACGACAUGGCAUGCAACCCGCGUAACGCCUUCCCUGGAACCGUCUACAACAACGCAGACCGCGCCCUAGACCUGUACGGUGACAACAUCGAGGUGGACUACCGGGGCUAUGAAGUCACGGUCGAGAACUUUAUCAGAUUGAUGACGGACAGAGUGGGCGAGGACAUGCCAAGGAGUAAGAGGUUGAUGACCGACGAGCGGAGUAACAUCCUCGUAUACAUGACGGGACAUGGAGGAAACGAGUUCCUCAAGUUCCAAGACGCAGAAGAGAUCAGCGCAUUCGAUCUUGCAGAUGCAUUUGGACAGAUGUGGGAGAAGAAACGCUACCACGAAAUCCUCUUCAUGAUAGACACAUGCCAAGCCAACACCAUGUACUCCAAGUUCUACUCUCCCAACAUCCUCGCAACCGGCUCCUCAGAGAUCGACCAAUCAUCCUACUCGCACCAUGCCGACAACGACGUUGGCGUCGCAGUAAUCGACCGCUACACAUAUUACAACCUCGAGUUCCUAGAAACUCAAGUGCGCGAUCCGACCUCCAAACUUACAAUGGGUGACUUGUUCGACAGCUAUGACGAGGAGAAGAUUCAUAGUCACCCGGGUAUACGGUACGACCUCUUCGAGGGAGGAGAGCAGGUGGCGAGGGAGAGGCGGGUUAUGGAUUUCUUCGGAAACGUACAGAAUGUGGAGGUUGAGAGCAGGAACGAGACAGGGUGGGUGCGGGAGGCGGGAAGUGUCGUUAAGAUGACGAGAUCACACGAUCAGAGUAUUGAGAAUGUAAGCUCAGAGCAGGCUUCACACGGUGCACGGCGAGAAGGAGCUUGGAAGGUGGAUGAGGAACAAGGAUGGACAAAGCAAGCGUAUGGAGCCGCGGCAUUAGUGGGCUGUGCGGGCAUCUGGCUUGCUGGAAGUUGGAUAGAGUCCAUGUAG